CUGGACGCGCUCUCGGCGCGCGUCGCCCAGGCCGCCGCGCGCCGCGAGCGCCGCGACGAGGCCCUGGCAGACCCCCCGGACGAGUUCCUCGACCCGGUCUACUACACCCUCAUGACCGACCCCGUCGUGUCGCCAGCCAGCGGGACCACGUUUGACCGCGCAGUCAUACGGCGCCACCUGCUGAGCGACCCGCGGGACCCGCUCAACCGGGAGCCGCUGUCGCCGUACGACCUGCGGCCGGACGCGGCGCUCAAGGCUCGAAUUGACGAGUGGGUUGCGCGGCAGCGGGCAAAGGCGGCGAGCGGCGGCGGCGGCGGCGGCGGCGGCAGUGGCGGAGCGGCAGCUAUGGAGGCAGGGUGA